AAGAUCAUUGCUGUCUUCAAACCCAAGAAUGAAGAGCCAUAUGGGCAGCUUAACCCGAAGUGGACCAAGUGGCUGCAGAAGCUGUGUUGUCCAUGCUGCUUUGGCCGUGACUGCCUUGUCCUCAACCAGGGCUAUCUCUCGGAAGCAGGGGCUAGCUUGGUGGACCAAAAACUGGAACUCAACAUUGUACCCCGUACAAAGGUAGUAUACCUGGCCAGUGAAACCUUCAACUACAGUGCCAUUGACCGAGUAAAGUCCAGGGGCAAGCGGCUUGCACUAGAGAAAGUGCCAAAAGUUGGGCAGCGGUUUAACCGAAUUGGGUUACCACCAAAGGUUGGGUCAUUCCAGCUCUUUGUUGAAGGCUACAAAGAUGCAGACUAUUGGCUGCGGCGUUUUGAAGCAGAACCUCUCCCUGAGAACACUAACCGACAACUACUGUUGCAGUUUGAGCGGUUGGUUGUGCUGGACUACAUCAUCCGCAACACUGACCGAGGCAAUGACAACUGGCUGAUUAAAUAUGACUGCCCAAUGGAUAAUUCUAGCUGCCGGGACACAGAUUGGGUGGUGGUGAAGGAACCUGUCAUCAAGGUGGCUGCCAUAGACAAUGGGCUAGCUUUCCCACUGAAGCACCCUGACUCCUGGAGGGCAUAUCCUUUUUACUGGGCCUGGUUGCCCCAGGCAAAAGUCCCAUUCUCUCAGGAGAUCAAAGAGUUGAUUCUUCCCAAGAUCUCAGACCCUAACUUCGUCAAGGAUUUGGAAGAGGACCUAUAUGAACUCUUCAAGAAAGAUCCUGGUUUCGACAGGGGCCAGUUCCAUAAGCAGAUUGCUGUUAUGAGGGGCCAGAUCCUAAAUUUGACCCAGGCCCUAAAAGACAAUAAGAGUCCCCUGCACCUGGUCCAGAUGCCACCUGUGAUUGUUGAGACGGCGCGUUCCCAUCAGCGGUCUACAAGUGAAUCCUAUACACAGAGCUUUCAGAGUCGGAAGCCCUUCUUUUCAUGGUGGUAGCCCUAGGGGCAGGCAGAAGAAACCCUGCAGGUGGACAGGCUGAGAGCACCCCUGGAGAGAAGCUGGUGCACUGCAGAGCCUUUCAGGGCCCUUCCUCUCUGCCUGCUGCCUCCCUCAGGGCCUUCUCACCCCUAGGGAGAAGGCACAGUCAGAGACAAGAAUACUCCUGGACCCUUCAGAGUGUUGGGGAGGCUGGUGUCCAGGCAAGGAGUCCAGGUGGCUGAGGAGGAGCUACUCCCUCCCAGCAUCUGGUGGCAGGUUGGGAAAGUCCCAUCUCCCAACAGCCUCUCCAUCCCAGUUCCCUGUUACACUAUGUAUCAGAAAGAAACAAACAACAGAAACAAAGGUAAAUGCUUGUAGGAAAACCCAGAUUAGACCCUCUCCAGUCAGAAGACCUUAUCUAGACCCAAGUUUGCUUAGACAUACUCUGAUGCCUAGCAGUUGUUUACUCCCAUGGGCUGAGCUGUGUCUGAGGCCCAUUGCUGGCCCACAGACAAGCCACAACUCUCCUUUCUGUUUUUGCCAAUUGAUCCUCCCCCUGCCACACUGUGGUUCUGGCUUCUUGUGGCAGUGAGCAGGCUUUUGCUCUGUACCUGUGGGAGGCUCUGCACACAAUCUUUCUGUUCUCUGCCCUGCUGCUGCUUGCCCAGCACUCAGCUGAAGUAGAAGAGGCUAGCCUUGGCAUUUGUGUUCUGCUAGGAGCAUGUGGAGGUGGUUGACAUAGCCUAAGUGCAUGCUGAGUGCCUGGAGGAAUGUUCUAAGGGGGAGCCUGGCACAGCCUCACUCCUGGGUCCUUCCUUAGUCUCCAUGCUUUUCUACUCCGUUUCUGUUGUUUUCCCCAGCUUUUGAGGAGUUCAGUGUGGGUUCUGGAAUGGCUCUCUCUAGGGGCUGUGGGUCAGUCAGUUCAUGAACGGCCAGGACAGUGUCCUUGUUCUUCCUGUUACCACUGCUGCCUGGAAAGCAACAGGACCUGUGUUCUGCCUCCUAACUGGCAGUGCCCCACAGCUUCCUGCCUUCUUAUCCCGGGCUGCUUUCUCCUCAGCUCCCUGAAGAGAGGCCUUCAGACAGUCUCCCAGUGCCUGCCCCGCUCAACGUGCAUCUUCCUGCUUCUAUGUGUCUCCUCCCUUGCCAGGUGUUUGAACCCUUUGUACACCAAAGCAGAGAACUGGCUUCAGGAGGGAGUGAGAGGAGGGCCACCUGUGGCUGAGAGGCAGCAGUGUUCACACCCUGUGCUAUGGACCCGAGGGCUCUCACAUUCUACAAUUGGUCAGUCAGCCUUGGAAAGAAUUUGUCUUGAAGGCUUGAAAAAAAAAAAAAAACCAAAGAAAGGGAAUGAGGACCACAGCUGUGUGUCUCAUCUGCUUGUCUGGCUCCCACCGUCCAGGUGACAGAGCAGAGGCACACAGCUCUCCCAUCAGCUGGAGCAGGCUGCUCUCCGUCCAGUCCAAUCUAGGAGCCAGCUUGCUAUCAGCUUCCACUUAGUCAACAUGAAUCUCUGAGCACUGGAUAUGCAUGCCCUGUGGACGAAGGCACCAUUGUUUGCCCCACCCCGACAAUCCCAGCCAGCCCACUUAGACUCUGGCCUCAGAACCAUGUUUGGGAGAACUCCUGUCUCCUGAUCUCAGGAGCCUGCAGGGGUCCAGGUACGUGACAUUCUUCACAGACAUCUUCACACCAGCCUGUUGGCGAGACCCCACUGGGGUGCUGGAGAGAGCCUGAGAUGCCUGGAGAGAACCUGGUGUUCCCCAGGCUCUUGUGAACUGUGCUACUCCAGACCAGCUCUGCCAUCAGGAGGAAAUUGGGUCCAAUGUAAGAGGGAGCCAGUGCCAGGCCUGAUGGGCAAGGGUGCAGGCGUCCUUCCCUGCCUCUCUCGCUUGAAGCCUGUACUCAGGUUGCCUUGAAUGUGGACUUUGGGAGUGCCAAGAGCCCAGAGUGUCAGGCACUUCCAGAACAGCCGUCCCUCUGCCAGCCUGUCCCCAUGUCUAGAAGUGGAAGCUGGUUGGUGAGCGCUGCUGCCCCGUUCUUCUAAUGCACUGUAGAAAUUGUAUGUAUUGUAUUUAAAUCAAUGCAAAUGUAUGAAUAACAAAUCCA